GAGUUUCAUUCCACUCGAGUGACCGUUCUUUUCGCUCUCUGUGCCGGGCACAAUCAGUUCCACCGUCAGCAUUAUUAAUAAACGAGUGCUUUAAAUUCCGUUUCCAGUGUACGCGCGUGUGUCUCUCGAACGGACUCAGCGUAACGAGGCGGGAAAAACAGUUCUUUAUGCGGUGAAUCCCUCAAGUGUGUUCUCCCGGUCCAGAAAAUGAUGACGGCACGAAGUGAAGUGGUUGACGCGUAGUGUACUAAGUCCCGCAGCAGUGUGUCUUGCGCCUGCUCGAGUGGAGGAAGAUCGCGUGCUAGCGAACAGUUCCCCCAGUGUGUUCGGGGCUGCGUGCAGAGCGAUCGGACGUUCGGGACGCGAUGGCCUACCUAUCGGAUGUGGAUCUCGCCACGCUACAUAAAUCACGCCUCGAGGAGCGUGUCCAGUACCGGCUUUCGUCUCUGUGGACUCGCGAUAUGGAGCCCAGUCGGGAAUCGCCGGCAAAAGCACCACCACCAGCAACCAGCAGCAGAACAGUCGGUGUGAGUGCUGCGAUCGCUGUCGAACAGCACCGAAGAUCGUGUGAUCGGGUCAACAACAACCACAUCGUGCUUGCGACGGAAACGGCGUCCUCGAUGCAGGAGCACAUCCUACAGCGAUCCUUCACGCCGACAGCGGCCGCUAUGCGGGGCAGAACAUCGGGAUCCUCCAAAAUGCUGCAUCAGCACCAGCAACACCAGCAGCAACAGCACCAGCAGCCGACCAUCAGCUUCGAUGGCCAUGUGAUACGCCCUAGGAUAAGAAGUAGCAAUAGUAUGUCCAGCGGUGGCACCAGCACCAGCAGCACUAGCAGCAGCGGCGGCGGCGGCAGCGGCAGUAGUUGCAGCAGCAGCACCGGCAGCAAACACGUCGAGUGGAGCGACGACGAUCAUCUGCACGACGAUGGAUACUUCUCGUCCGAUACCCGCCGAAGAAGGUCCGGCACCUGGCCGCGAACGCGAAGCUUAAAUGCACCGUCCCCGUUCCAACAGUUCGGACCAUGCGGUCGGAUUAUGAAAAACUCGGCGAUGGUGAUGCAAAUUCAGGAUCCGGCCAGCCAGCGGUUGACGUGGUACAAGCCGCCACUCGCGGUGCUGGUCAUCAAGAAGGUUCGUGACUCGAAGGUGCUGCAACCGUUCGUCGAGCUGGUCGAGUGGUUGAUCCACGAGAAGCACAUGGUGGUCUGGGUCGAGGCGGCCAUUCUGGACGAUGCGCUCCUUACCGGCGACAAGCGGUUCACGAAGCUGCAGGACAAACUGAUCACCUUCAAGGACGGUCGGGACGAUCUGACCGACAAGAUCGAUUUCAUCAUCUGCCUCGGUGGCGACGGGACACUCCUGUAUGCGUCGCUUCUCUUUCAAAAGUCGGUCCCACCGGUGAUGGCGUUCCAUCUCGGGUCGCUCGGCUUUCUGACGCCGUUCCAGUUCGACAACUUCCAGGAGCAGGUGACGAACGUGCUCGAAGGGCACGCAGCUCUGACGUUGCGCAGCCGGCUACGAUGCAUUAUCGUGCGGAAGGACAAAACCGAGCAGGAAAUUUCUACCUUCAAAUCAUCGCAGGACCCAUCGACCAACAUUUUGGUCCUGAACGAGGUGGUCAUUGACAGGGGUCUGUCGUCGUACCUGAGCAAUAUCGAUCUGUUUCUGGACGGCAAGCACAUUACCUCGGUCCAGGGCGAUGGGCUGAUCGUCUCCACACCAACCGGGAGCACCGCCUACUCGGCCGCUGCGGGUGCCUCGAUGAUUCAUCCGUCGGUGCCGGCCAUUCUCGUCACACCGAUCUGUCCGCAUUCGCUCAGCUUCCGGCCAAUCGUACUGCCAGCCGGUGUGGAGCUGAAGAUUGCAAUUUCACCGGACAGUCGCAACAGCUCCUGGGUGUCGUUCGAUGGGCGGAAUCGUCAGGAGCUUCUGCACGGUGACAGCUUGCACGUGACAACCUCCAUCUACCCGGUGCCGAGCAUAUGCGCCCAGGAUCAGAUCGCCGAUUGGUUCGAUUCGCUCGCCGAGUGCCUCCACUGGAACGUGCGCAAGCGCCAGAAGUGUCUCGACGAGCUGUCCGAUCUGACCGGCUCGGGAGCGGAGGACGGUGGCGCCAUCGACGACAUCGUGCGCGGAAUGGAGAAGCUCGAACACUAACGGUCGCACAGUCGCUAAACGUGGCAACAAAAGCAAUCGAAAAAAUUCAACCCACUAGCGGUGCGUUGGUAAGCGCGCCGGGCCGGCCGGUAUUAACGGCGAUCGAUUCGGUGCAAGGAACUGGUUACGGAUUUGAUCGAGAGUGCGCUGCCCCUGCACAACCGUUACGUACUGUCCCCGUAAUGUACUCAUUUUCACACGGGGCUCAAGAGCAGAGACGUAAGCAGGACCCAUUCGUCGAGUGUUUCCGGUUAUUUUUCUUCUUCAUCGGUUCGUUUGUUGACUUUUUUACGAUAGAUAAGCAGUUACCAAUGGACUAGGAUCCGCGACAUUACAAACACGUGUUUUUUGGAGGUCUUUCCCAAGUUUGUUCUCUUAUGGUGCAAGCGCGCCGAUGCAUCGUGUUAUGUGCGGGACAAGGGACAAGAAAAGCAAGAUAAGACAAGACAGCUCAACGCCUCCGUCAAUCAGUUCCGUUCAAUGUCUCAUUUUCGGUUUAACCCUCGGUGAUAUUAACCUGUGUGAGCAGUCCACCGUCAUGAUCCUCGUGUGCCGGAUACGGGUUUUGUUAAGUUUCUGUAAAGUGCUUCGAGAGCGUAGAAGGAAGUGAGUGUAAGAUUAAGAGCGUGGAGAGCGUGGCUUUUGUGCUGUUUUGGAGGUAGCAGUUACUUUUCUACACGAUAGAGUUCAUUCCCAAAGGAAUGCGGUGUGUUGGCGCGAUCGCGAAGAAAAUCAGAGCUUCAUCUCACUGACAGGCGACCCUGUAACCCUGUUACACGGCACAUCUUUCGUUAUCAUUGGCGUUCUCGAUGUUUUAAGCAACAAGAAGUGCUAGGUUUUUGAGGAAGCUUUCUAUUUUCAAAACAAAUACUUUUUAAUGCACCGGCUCCGCGAUUUAUACACGUUUUAAAAUCAUUCUUCCGCUUUUGAAAGCUUUUGACGUAUACCCAGACCCAGUAUUGUCCACUAUCCGGUGGCGCUUUCAGUACCAGCGUGUGCCAGGGCCGGCCAAAAGGGAACUCUCGACCGUUCCGACCCCCGUGUUCGGUUCGGUUGAGCUUCGAUCUGUUUCCGCUCCAAAUUUCUGCUUAUGUGAUAAAAAUGGAUCAACCGUCGUUCGACCCUUGGCAAGUGACCGUGCUUCAACUCCGUUCUGUUAGUGAUAUACCAAAUUUUACGAAGUUGUAGAGAGAGAAGAGGGAGAGAGUUUUGUGUUUAAUUUGCUCGGAAGGUUCGGGGUGCAGAAGUAGCGUUCGUGUUUGGGUGUUCAGUCGUUUAAGGUGCAGGCACAAGAAUGAAAUAAAAACGUAAAUGUA